GGGAGGAGGCGCGCGCCGGUUCAAGGGGCGGGGCCGGCGCUGACCCAGCCCGCGGCUCCCGGCCGCCCCGCGUCCUCCCUGCCGGCCGGAGACCUGCGCCACCAUGGAGGCCACCGGGGUGCUGCCGUUCGUGCGCGGCGUGGACCUCAGCGGCAACGACUUCAAGGGUGGCUACUUCCCUGAGAAUGUUAAAGCUAUGACCAGUCUGCGAUGGCUAAAGCUGAACCGCACGGGCCUCUGCUACCUGCCUGAAGAGCUAGGGGCUCUGCAGAAGCUGGAGCACCUGUCAGUGAGUCACAACAACCUGACGACGCUGCAUGGGGAGCUGUCCAGCCUGCCUGCGCUUCGGGCCAUUGUAGCUCGGGCCAACAGCCUGAAGAACUCUGGAGUCCCGGACGAUAUCUUCAAGCUGGAUGAUCUCUCGGUUCUGGACUUGAGUCAUAACCAGUUGACAGAAUGCCCACGGGAGCUGGAGAACGCCAAGAACAUGCUGGUGCUCAACCUCAGCCAUAACAGCAUCGACUCCAUCCCCAACCAGCUGUUUAUCAACCUUACCGACUUGCUGUACCUGGACCUCAGUGAGAACCGCCUAGAGAGCCUUCCGCCUCAGAUGCGCCGCCUUGUGCACCUCCAGACCCUGGUGCUGAAUGGAAACCCGCUGCUGCACGCACAGCUCCGGCAGCUCCCAGCCAUGAUGGCCCUACAGACCCUGCACCUGAGGAAUACUCAACGCACCCAGAGCAACCUCCCCACCAGUCUGGAGGGCCUGAGCAACCUUUCAGAUGUGGACCUGUCGUGUAACGACUUGACAAGGGUGCCAGAGUGCCUGUACACUCUCCCCAACCUGCGCCGCCUCAACCUCAGCAGCAACCAGAUUGCAGAGCUGUCCCUGUGCAUUGACCAGUGGGUGCACCUGGAGACCUUGAAUCUGUCUCGUAACCAGCUCACAUCCCUGCCUUCAGCCAUCUGCAAGCUGACCAAGCUGAAGAAGCUGUACCUCAACUCCAACAAGCUGGACUUCGACGGGCUACCUUCUGGCAUUGGCAAGCUCAGCAGCCUGGAGGAAUUCAUGGCAGCUAACAACAACCUGGAGCUGAUUCCUGAGAGUCUCUGCAGGUGCCCAAAGCUGAAGAAACUCGUCCUGAACAAGAACCGCCUGGUGACCCUCCCAGAGGCCAUUCACUUCCUGACAGAGAUUGAGGUCCUAGAUGUUAGAGAAAAUCCCAGCCUGGUCAUGCCACCCAAGCCUGCUGACCGAACUUCCGAGUGGUACAACAUUGACUUCUCACUACAGAACCAGCUGAGGCUGGCGGGCGCCUCCCCUGCCACAGUGGCUGCUGCAGCGGCUGUAGGGAGCGGGUCCAAGGACCCCUUGGCUCGCAAGAUGCGGCUACGAAGGCGCAAGGACUCAGCCCAGGAUGACCAGGCCAAGCAAGUGCUAAAGGGCAUGUCAGAUGUUGCCCAGGAGAAAAACAAAAAACAAGAGGAAAGCGCAGAUGCCCGAGCACCUGGAGGGAAGGUGAGGCGCUGGGACCAGAGCCUGGAGAAGCCACGCCUUGACUACUCAGAGUUCUUCACGGAGGAUGUGGGCCAGCUGCCCGGUUUGACCAUCUGGCAAAUAGAGAACUUUGUGCCUGUGCUGGUGGAGGAAGCCUUCCAUGGCAAGUUCUAUGAAGCUGACUGCUACAUUGUGCUCAAGACCUUCCUGGAUGACAGUGGCUCCCUGAACUGGGAGAUCUACUACUGGAUUGGUGGGGAAGCCACUCUCGACAAGAAAGCCUGUUCUGCCAUCCAUGCAGUCAAUCUGCGUAACUACCUGGGUGCCGAGUGCCGUACUUUGCGAGAGGAGAUGGGCGAUGAGAGCGAGGAGUUCCUGCAGGUGUUUGACAAUGACAUCUCCUACAUCGAAGGCGGAACAGCCAGUGGCUUCUAUACUGUGGAAGAUACACACUAUGUCACCAGGAUGUACCGUGUAUAUGGGAAAAAGAACAUCAAGUUGGAGCCUGUGCCCCUCAAGGGGGCCUCACUGGAUCCAAGAUUUGUGUUCCUCCUGGACCGAGGACUGGACAUCUACGUGUGGCGGGGGGCCCAGGCCACACUGAGCAACACCACCAAGGCCAGGCUCUUUGCAGAGAAAAUUAACAAGAAUGAGCGAAAAGGGAAGGCAGAAAUCACACUCGUUGUGCAGGGCCAAGAGUCCCCAGAGUUCUGGGAGGUGCUGGGUGGGGAGCCCUCUGAGAUCAAGAAGCACGUGCCUGAUGACUUUUGGCCACCUCAGCCCAAGCUAUACAAGGUGGGCCUGGGCCUGGGCUACUUGGAGCUUCCCCAGAUCAACUACAAGCUCUCAGUGGAACAUAGAAAACGGCCCAAGGUGGAACUGAUGCCAGGAAUGAGACUGCUGCAGAGCCUGCUGGACACACGAUGUGUGUACAUCCUGGACUGCUGGUCUGAUGUAUUCAUCUGGCUUGGCCGCAAGUCCCCAAGACUAGUGCGUGCUGCUGCACUCAAACUGGGCCAGGAGCUGUGUGGGAUGCUGCACCGGCCACGCCAUGCAGUGGUCAGCCGCAGCCUGGAAGGCACCGAGGCUCAGGUGUUCAAAGCCAAGUUCAAAAAUUGGGACGAUGUGUUGACAGUAGACUACACUCGAAAUGCAGAGGCUGUGCUGCAGGGCCAGGGGCUCUCUGGGAAAGUGAAGCGUGACACUGAGAAGAAAGACCAAAUGAAGGCUGACCUCACGGCACUCUUCCUGCCUCGGCAGCCACCAAUGGCACUGGCUGAGGCAGAGCAGCUGAUGGAGGAAUGGAAUGAGGAUCUGGAUGGCAUGGAAGGCUUCGUGCUGGAGGGCAGGAAGUUCACACGACUGCCGGAGGAAGAGUUUGGCCACUUCUACACACAGGACUGCUAUGUCUUCCUCUGCAGGUACUGGGUACCAGUGGAGUAUGAGGAGGAAGAGAAGACGGAGGACAAGGAGGGCAAGGCCUCAGCCGAGGGCACAGAAGGGUUGGAAACAGAAGCUGAGGCAGAGGAGAAGCAGCCAGAGGAGGAUUUCCAGUGCAUCGUUUACUUCUGGCAGGGCCGGGAGGCCUCCAACAUGGGCUGGCUCACCUUCACCUUCAGUCUUCAGAAGAAGUUUGAGAGCCUAUUCCCUGGCAAGCUGGAGGUAGUACGUAUGACACAGCAGCAGGAGAACCCCAAGUUCCUGUCCCAUUUCAAAAGAAAGUUCAUCAUCCACCGGGGCAAGAGGAAGGUGGCCCAGGGUACUCUUCAGCCGAGCCUCUAUCAGAUCCGCACCAAUGGCAGUGCCCUCUGCACCCGGUGCAUCCAGAUCAACACUGACUCCAGCCUUCUCAACUCUGAGUUCUGCUUCAUCCUCAAGGUCCCCUUUGAGAGUGAGGACAACCAAGGCAUUGUGUAUGCCUGGGUGGGCCGGGCAUCAGACCCUGAUGAAGCCAAGUUGGCAGAAGACAUCCUCAACACCAUGUUUGAUGCUUCCUACAGCAAACAGGUCAUCAAUGAAGGCGAGGAACCAGAGAACUUCUUCUGGGUAGGCAUUGGCACACAGAAACCCUAUGAUGACGACGCAGAGUACAUGAAGCAUACAAGGCUCUUCAGGUGUUCCAAUGAGAAGGGCUACUUCGCAGUGACUGAGAAAUGCUCUGACUUUUGCCAAGAUGACCUGGCAGAUGAUGACAUCAUGUUGUUAGACAAUGGCCAAGAAGUCUACAUGUGGGUUGGGACCCAGACAAGUCAAGUGGAGAUUAAACUGAGUCUGAAGGCCUGCCAGGUAUACAUCCAACACACACGCUCUAAAGAACAUGAGCGGCCACGUCGCCUGCGCCUGGUCCGCAAAGGCAACGAACAGCGGGCUUUCACGCGCUGCUUCCAUGCCUGGAGCACCUUCCGCCAAUCCCCGGCCUAAGCAGCAUCUAUGAAUCAGACUCCAGGAGGAAGAGGCGGCCGCCCAGCACCUGUUUCGCUACCCACCAGUCCUGCCCACACCCUGCAAGCCCCACCAGUGUGUCCACAUGUGUGCAGCAGAGGUAGUUUAAAAGAUAUUAAAUGCUUUUAUUUUCAAUAUUAAAAAAUCAGUACUUUUAA